CUACAACAAGAAAGGAGCUUCCUUUUCGUCGCUUUUUUUGGGUUCUUCUGUUCGCUCUUGUUCUUCGACGUUAUUUGGAUUCGAUGUAGAGCGAUCAUAUUUUGAGGGCGCUUUUUCUCCUUCUUUUGUUUAUUCGUUUUUCUUCUUUCUUCUUCUUCUUCUUCUUCCGUGAUCUUGUUGGUUGUUUGAUCGAGAAAUGGGGGAUUGGUACGCGGAUUUGACGACGUGGAUGAGGAAGCCGGCGUUGGUGGAAACUCUGAUCGACGUCCUUCUUUGCGCCGUGCCGAUCUGGGUCGCGGUCAUGAUCGGGCUAGUGAUCGGAUGGUCGUGGCGGCCGCGGUGGACGGGGCUGCUCUACCUUGGCCUCCGGAGUAGGUUUCGGUUCAUCUGGACGGCCCCUCCGGGAUUCGGCGCUCGACGGCUUUGGCUUGCAGUCACCGCACUCUCGGCUUUCUCCGUUAGCAGGAAAUUGUGGUCGAGUUUCAAGGGGAAAAACGAGGGGCUGCCGGCGUCGGAGGAAACGGGCUCGAGGACGCUAGUUUCGAUAAGCGCAACGGAGGUCGAAAGAGAUAGAGGCAGUUUGAGUUCUAGCAUUGAAAUGGAUGAGCAUGAUAUUGUAUCUGAAAAGGAUUUGGAGCAUCUAUUACACAUUCUAGAUAGUAAUGUUGGAGAUGCAACUUGGCAAAAUCAGAUGGAACGCACCACACCCAAUAUGUUUUACCAAUCAUGGCGUCAAGAGAUAAAGGAGGGCCCUAUAAUUUUUCGCAGUAGAACAAUUUUUGAGGAUGCAACUCCUGAGUUGGUCAGAGACUUUUUCUGGGAUGAUGAUUUCCGGUUAAAAUGGGAUUCAAUGCUUGCAUACUUGAAAAUAUUGGAGGAAUUCCAUCAGAGUGGAACCAUGAUUAUACACUGGAUUAAAAAGUUCCCAUUUUUUUGCAAUGAUAGGGAAUAUAUAAUUGCUCGGCGUAUAUGGGAGUCUAGAGGAACUUAUUACUGUGUGACAAAGGGAAUACCAUACCCCGCGUUACCCAAGGAGGAGAAACCCAGGCGUGUCGAUCUGUACUUCUCGAGUUGGCGCAUCAGAGCCGUGGAAUCACGCAAGCAAGAUGGCCAGCUAUCUGCAUGUGAAGUGACUCUCAUCCACUACGAAGAUAUGGGCAUACCAAAGGAUGUAGCCAAAGUUGGUGUUCGACAUGGGAUGUGGGGAGCUGUUAAGAAACUGCAUGCUGGUCUGAGAGCAUAUCAACUGAUGAGAAAAACAGAAGCUUCGCUAUCUAGAUGCGCACUCAUGGCACAGAUCACCACUAAGUUCUUCGACAAUGGAACCAUCACUCAACUCGACCCGGAGUCCUCGACUUCUACUUCUAAAACAGCCGAUAGCAUUGUCAGUAACAAGGAGCAUCGAGGAAUCGACUGGAAAUGGGUGGUGAUUGGUGGAGUUGCUGUGGUUUGCGGUCUUCAUGCUGGUCAUAUCGGGAAAGCCCUCUUAGUCGGAGGAGCUGCAGGGCGACUCGCAAAAAAAUGAGCCUGAUCAGAUUCUUUCAUGAUGGAGAACUUGAAUUCCUAUUUUGGAUGAGGACAUGUAAUUAAAGGAUGAGCUGCUCAUCUCAGUUUUUUUGGUAUAUUAGGCAUCAUCCUGUAUGAUUCUUGCCGGUAUCAUAAUUCCAUCGUAUAUGGAUAUGGUAUCAAGAUCAAUAAGACUUUUUAUUGGUCCUACUUAUUACUCAUUAGUAUUUUUUUCAUAAAAAAUACUUUUAAAGUUUGACA